AUGCAGGGGACGAAGCUUGACCGCAUUGGUAUCACGAACGGCGCACUUCUCGGUAAACCGAUACAGGCUCUUGCAGCAGCGGGAAACGUUGUCUAUGCUGGCACGCAGGGUGGAUUGUAUCGAUAUUAUAAGGCACUCCCUGCUGAUACUACUACGGCGAUUGGCGGUGAUGCCACAAACACCCAGAACGUCAAACCGAAGGUAUGGCACAAGGUGCAAGGGACCCCUUUCGAUACUAUUUCCAUUCAAGCUAUCAACGUUCCAAAUUGGAAUAAUACCCAGAUUUAUGUUGGAACACAAAAAGGACUUUACAGCAGUAAGGAUUUAGGGGAAACAUGGCGUGAGGUCGCCCCUCAAAUUUACAGUGACAGGUCCAUCGUCAGUAUCGUUUCUGUUGUGGAUACGAAUGGUGAUAAAGCAAUUUAUGUCGCCAGUACAGCGGUAAUUGAUGCGAUGCCCUCAGAACGGACGGUCCCCACACCUAAGGUUACAACGGUGCAUUGGUAUCUGGAGGAUUCCUCUCUUGAGUGGAAUCCGCUUCCUUCUAUAACGCAUCCGGUUUAUGCGCUGGCAAGUGGAGGUAAAACGUGGAUUGUCCCGCAAGCCUCUAUAGGCUUGCGCUUAGAAGACCCCUCGCGGGCAUCUGAUAUUGAACUGUACGCUGGCACGCCCGAUGGUCUCUAUGAGUGGCAUCGUCUUGGCACAUGGCGGAAAACCGAAGGUACUGCUGCAGCCUCGUUGUUAACGUCAGCACCUUCCGGCGUGUACAUCGGUAAUGGAACUUCUAUCCUGCAUCGUGCCGUACCUACAGCGGGAUGGCAGCCGUUUGCUACACGGAACGAAGGGAUCAGUUACACCUAUAGGGACGAGCCUAUUGUCCGGCAGGUGAAAACAUACUUGACCGAAAGAAUACCAGCAAUUGCCCAAACCGGUGGUGAGGCUGUCGGAGAAGCGUUUCAGUUCGCCGGUUCAAUCGCUUUUGGAUUUGGCGGGUUUUUAGCCACAGUAUCGCUUGCGUUCAUUGUGUUUGUCUAUGCAAGCCAGUCGUUUGACAAUUAUUUCCGCAGUUUCAUCGCGCUGGUCCCUGAACUUCAUCGUGAAACUGUCAAACCUAUCUACGCGAAAUUGAUAGGAACCUACAACAAUUCCUAA